AUGCACCGGAAUCGGGACAUUCCUGUAACCCCCUUGCCAAUUGGCGUUGAGGGGGUCUUGGGUCACAGCAUAGGGCUGUGCUGUGCUGUUCUCCUGUUGGCCCUACGGCUCAGCCGCAGCAGAGUGGGGGGGAAGACGGGUCUGCUUCCAACUCAAACAGCUGCGGAAAUGUCUCUUUCAGCAAACAUCAUGACCUUCGUGAUCUUCUGGCGAAGGGACUGCUUGAUCUCUGCCUCCAGCCGCUACCACCUGAUGGCGAUGUCCCUGGCCGACACUGUGGUUCUCAUUCUCAUUGUUCUCAUUGAGAUGAUCCUGAAAUGCUACAGCACGGAGCCGUUCUGGUACCGGGACCCCUGGUGCACCCUCCGGGAUGUCUUCAGUUAUGGUGCAGUCAACGCCUCCGUCUGGCUGGUGGUCUCCUUCACCGUCGAGCGCUUCGUGGCUAUCAGCACCUUCAAGCUGAAGGCAAAGCUGUGCUCCCCGAGACGCACGCUCUACACGAUCGCCUUGGUUCACAUCUGCGGCUACCUAGUGGCUAUCCCGUAUUAUUGGUCCAACAGAUCAGAAAGGGUGAAUGGGACGGGGCGGGCGAUCUGCAAGUUUAAUCCUGACCUUCCCAACUCCUACGUUGAGGGGCUGGUUUGGUUUCAGACCUCACUGGUCAACAUUGUCCCUUAUAUCAUCAUCUUCACCUUGAACAGCCUGACCCUCAGGCAGAUCGUCCUCAGCAACAAAGUGCACUGUGUGAUGGCCGGAGGGCUCCACCGAAUGAACUCUGGGACCCAAUUCAGGUACCAGAAGAAGAAAUCCAUCCUCCUCCUUGUGACUGUCUCGAUGAUGUUCGCUUAUCUGGGCGCCACCAGGUUCGUCACGCAGAUUAUUCUCAGGACCUGCCAUUAUGACAUAGAGAGACAAGAUUACUCCAAGGCCAUUAACAUUGCGGUGGACUUUGGUACUAUGCUGGAACUGACCAACUCAGCUGUGAACAUGUAUCUCUAUGCCUGCACCCAGACUGCCUUCCGCAGGGAGCUAGUCCAUUGCCUCAAGGCUCUCCUCUUUCCCUGCAAAGCACAGAGAACGCACCCAUCAGCCAUCUUCCAGGUAUAA